AUGGCCGACCUGCCGAGGCAUGAUCAAGUCGACUUCGAGGGGAGCGCAGCUCGCGGAGCAGCACACCAAGGCCCGGACGACCUCGUGGAACGUAAUUCUCAUGACUGUCCAGAAAAUGAUGGUUCCACUCUUUCCCUACCGGCCCCCAGGAUAGCGGCAACGCAUCAAGUCAGCUCAAACAAAAUAUUUGACUGCAUCUUGUUCAGGCGAUCCAAAGGCAUCAGAGACCUUGCGAUGCAGGAUGUCGAGAAAAACCAACAAGAUGAGCCAAGCGCACAGUCCAAAGCUCGCAAAGAAGCAGCGGCACAAGAACGGAAAGCACGACGGGAAGAAGAAGACAGAACGCGAAAGCAGAAAAGACAGGAGAGCAGAGAGCGAGCAAAGCAGAACGACAAAAUCAAGGCAGAAAGGAAAGCACAGGAAAAGCGGGUGCAGGGCUACUAUGGGAUCCGCGGCUAUGACCCAAGCGCCGGCAUGCUUCGCUCUAAUCGAGAGAGGGUGGCCCUGCGAACGCCCGACGGACACAUCCAGACAUCUCAGAGUAUUAACAAGGUGUUGAGUUUGAGGCCGCAAGCCAGUCAUACCUGGGGGUUAGAAUAUGGGGGACCGACGGAAGGCCGUGGGAGUGGGCGCAGUCUCCGUUGUGACGGCGGCGGCGAUAUCACACUCAAUUGCGACAGCCUCGAAGAAUAG